CAAUUUACAAAUUACAAUCUUUUAGUACAAUCUGCGAUAUCUGGGCAUCCACAUUCGCCAAAAAAUGUGCGGCUAAAACCCCCCGCGACCCGCAAAGCGGCGGCGAAACAGUCGGACAAAAGCGACAUAAAGAAACGAAGCGAGAAGAAGACGGGCGAAUUAAACAAGUUUCGUUUGCGUGGAACGAAGAAUUGCGUGGAAAGAAAGCGAGCGUAGAAGAAGCAGAAGAGCAGCAAAUGCAAUAAUGUUUAAUGUUUAAACAAAUUCGCCAAGGAGUUUCGUUCUUUUUUUCGAAUCGUAAUCCGUGAGUGCGUGUGUGUGUGAGCUGUGAGUGCGUGUAUGCCAGCGUGUGUUUGUGUGUGCAUGUUGUGAAGUGGAAAGAGUGGAAAUAAAAUGAGAGUGUGCAAAUGAAGUUGGCCAAGCCCAAAACAGCGAGAAUUAAUUAAAGCGACUAAGAAAAGUGCCCGUCGCCCAAGGAUUAAUCACGCCCAGGGGUCAAGCAACCACCCACCCCGCCAAACCAGCCAACCAACCAAACAAAAACACAGAGAAAAGAGUGAAAACCGAUCGGCAGCAGGACGCCGAAGGACCCAAAAUGAGCGAGGAACUGAAAGUGGUGCUGCGGCGCAGCGAGCAGCAUUCCGGUUUCGGGUUUUCGCUACUCGGAACCACCGGACCGCCACAUGUCAUCUACGACAUCGUCGAGAAUUCGCCGGCAGCCGAUUGCGGAGCGGUUGAGGCCGGGGAUGUCAUCCUCAAAGUCAACGGAACGGAUGUCCAUCGCUACACAACGAAGGAAGUUCUCAAAUGCCUGCGCCUGUCGGAACAGCUGGUGACCUUGGAGCUGAAGCGAGAUCCCAAGCUCAAGGCGCGAAUCAAAGAGCAGCUGGCCAACACCCAGAGUCCGCACUAUGUGGACAUUGAGUCGCCGAACAUCUACGACUACCACAGCAGCAGCACCAACUCCUCGCCGAAUCACCGGCCAAACGCUGGUGGUAAGGGGGCGGCGACCACGCCCUCGCAGAGCGGACUGCGCUACAAGUCGCCCACGCACUUGCCCUCGCUGCGCCAGAAUUCGUCGCCACUGCUGGCGAGUGGAUCCACCACGACCACAACCACCGCCACGCAUACGCACAGCCACAGUCGAAACUCCUCGGCCAGCUCCACCAAGAUCAAGGUGGUGGAGACUAGCAUCACCACCUCGACCACGAACGUAGUGGGUCUCACAUCGCCCACUGGUAGUGUCGGCGGUGGUGGUGGUGGGGAGGCCACCUCGCCCACCUUCCGCCCCUCACGCAUUCCACAGGCGCUCACCAAAUGUGCCGUACCCAAGCCCGUGCCCGUGCUCCAUUCGCCGCAGAAUAAGCGGCCACGCCCCUCGCAGAUUCCGACAAAGGCGGCGAACGGAAACGGGAACGGACAUACCGCCCAUCUGCCACCGCAAUCGCUGCAGCACUCGAACAGCUACAGCGGCAGUCCGGUGACCAGGCAGCGGUUUGCGGACAGAGAGCCGGAGCGGGAACCGGAACCGAACUCGGCGCCACCGCAGCCGGCGAAGGCGCCACGCUUUGAGGCUUACAUGAUGACCGGUGACCUUAUUCUCAAUCUGUCCCGGACCCCGCAGACCAGCAACCCGCUUCCCGCCCAGGCCAAAAAGGUGGACAGCCUUCGCGAUUCACCCAGUCGUCUGGUAAAUCCGCGUAUCAACGGCGCACUAGCACCGCGUGCCUCUGGUGAAUCCUCGCCCACGUCCUCCUCCUCGGUGGACUCGCCCACCAACACCAGCUCAGAUUCCGUGAAGCGCGAGGCGAAGUUGCUGCAGAAGCAACAGCAGCAGCAGCAAACCUACCAACAGCAACAGCAGCGGGACAGCAUCAACAACAGCUACAACCGUAAGGAUUCGCUGACCAACGAUACGCUGCUUAUGUGCGAGGAGUUGGAGCCGGACGAGGAGGCCGAGUAUGUCCUGGAAGAGGACAACAAGCAGCAGCGGCAGCGCCAACAGCAACAACGAUACCGCCAGCAGCAGAAUCAGCAACGCUACGAAUACUACCAAAACGAGGACGAGCUGGAGGAGCAGGAGGAGGUUGAGGAGGAGCGCGAGGAGGAUCAAACUCACUACGACAUCACCAAUAUCGAAACCUAUCAGAGCGGCGUGGGGCGAGGUGACGACGAUGACAGUGAUCGGCAGUGCCUGGUGGACGACGACGAUGAUGAUGAUGCCUACGACGAUGAGGAGAACGAUGCGGGCGACGAGGAUUAUUCCACCAACUCUCUGGGCUCCGGUUCAGCCAAGCAACGAUUGCGCGCGCUGAAACAGCGCACUGCCACCCGCCAACAGCAGCGCAACCGCGAUGCCGUCGACUGUGCAGGACGCUCCGGAUCGGGAUCUUCAUCUACCACGGUCAAGAGCGAGGCUGGCGGCCUGGGCCUAGAUGAAACCUCCUUCUCAGUGCCAACCUCUCCGAUCUCGCUGUCGACGCCGCUGAUCGACAAGGAGACAGCCAACUCGGUGCCCACGAGUCCGGAGCCCAGUUCGCUCGUUCCGGAGUCGAGCAGUGGCGCUGGCGCCGGUGCUGUGGUGGUGCGCCGGCACAACGGACAUGUGGUGCGGAAGUGUGAUGCCGCCGGUUUCCGCACCAGCAAGUCCGAGGACCAUUUGCAGCAGAUCCAGCGCGAGGGCAUCGCCGCCGUGAUACCCAUCGACAUUGAUGAGGAUGUGAAUAGCUCGCUGAACACGCUGCUGGACACGCGUCAGGACUCCGAGGACUCGCAGUCGAUGGCCACUGUAAUUGUAAACAACUCGUCACUGGCCUCGAACAACAACGAGGGCGAGCAGACCGACAACCGCAGCAGCAGCAGCAACUCCAGCGACAACAAUAACUGCAACAGCAACACCGGCGAACCAGCAACAACUGCAACUGCAACUGCAACGGCAACUGCAACACUCAUGACUGCAACAUCAACAAGAACGAUGAACUGCAGCAGCAAAUUAAACUAUAUUUUAUGCAAAAAGGCAUCGGAUCGCGAUCGGAUCGUGUGGACCUAUAAUGCGCCUCUCCAGCCGCACCAGUUGGCGGCUCUCCAGCGACAGCAGCAACAGCAAGAGCAGCAAUUCCAGCAGCAGCAACAGCAGCUCCACCAGCAACAUCUGCAGCAACAGCAGCAACUCCAGCAGCAGCACCAGCAGCAGCAACAACAGCAGCAGCAGCAACUCUACGGUCAGCAAUCGCAUUCAAAUUCACAUUCAAGUUCCAUUAGUUCGUCGCCCCAGCACUCGGCUGUGGGCAGUCCGGCCUCGCCCACGUCGGUUUCCUCGUCGGUGAUGUCCUCGUCGGGCUCCAAGGGCGCCCUGGGCCUGGGCAGCAGCAGCAAUGGUCCCAUGGCCGCCGUGCAGCAACAACAGCAGCAGCAGCGGGAUCAGGGCGGCCAGGUCGCGCAUCCGCCCAGCGGGAUUCCUGGCCUGCUUAGCUGCCCAGGUGGUGGGCCCGGAAACAAUGGUGGUGGUGGUGGCAACAACGAUCAGAGCGUCUCAGAGGCCAUUUCGAAUAUAUCUAGUCCCGACUACCAAGACGACGAUAAUUUAUUGAGUUCUCGCGAUAUUCUAGGCGGCAUGGUACUUAGCGAUCCCAGUGAUUCGGACUCAACCAUUCUCGUCUCGGACGCGGCCGCCCAGCAGCGCCAGCAGCUCAAGCAGCAGUUGCGCGCCCAGCAGCAACAGCAGAGAGAAAGGGAACGGGAUAGGGAUCGAGACAGGGAACAGUCCGAGCACAAGGUGGUCAUCCAAGUGCGCGGACUGGACAGCAACAGCAGCGGCGGCGGCAGCGUCAACUGUACAAACGGCCGCUCCGAGGAGGAUGUGGUCACGCUGACGGACGAGCCGCUGGGCACGAUGACCGUCGGUAUGCGGGACGCCUCGCCGCCAGUCUCCGAUGAUGGCAGCGAUGUGGAGUCCCUCCACUCCUACCAUUACUCGCCCAAGGCCGUGGACUUGCCCUCGGCCAUACGCCUGGCCAAAAGACUGCACUCCCUCGACGGUUUCAAGAAGAGCGAUGUGUCGCGACACCUCAGCAAGAACAAUGACUUUAGUCGAGCGGUGGCCGAUGAGUAUCUCAAGCAUUUUACCUUUGAGAAGAAGUCACUUGACCAAGCGCUGCGUGAGUUCUUGCAGCAGUUCUCGCUGUCCGGCGAAACGCAGGAACGGGAACGGGUGCUGGUGCACUUUUCCAAGCGCUUCCUUGACUGCAAUCCUGGCACCUUUAACUCGCAGGACGCCGUGCACACGCUGACCUGUGCCAUAAUGUUGCUAAAUACGGACUUGCACGGCCAGAACAUGAAUCGCAAGAUGAGCUGUGCGGAAUUCGUCGACAACCUGGCAGAUCUCAACGAUGGCGAGAACUUUCCCAAGGAUGUGCUCAAGUCGCUUUACCAGGCCAUUAAGACCAAGCCGCUUGAAUGGGCACUAGAUGAAGAGGCUGGUGAUCUGCAGCAGCAAAGAGCCAACAAUAGUGCCCUGGGCAAUGUGGGCCACAAUCCCUUCCUUGAUCCCCCGGAACUGGCCACGGCUGUGGAAUACAAAAAAGGCUAUGUGAUGCGUAAAUGCUGCUAUGACAGCAGCUUUAAGAAAACUCCCUUUGGCAAACGAUCCUGGAAGAUGUUCUACUGUACGCUGCGUGAUCUUGUGCUGUAUUUGCAUAAGGAUGAGCACGGUUUUCGUAAAAGUCAAAUGUCCGACAAUCUGCACAAUGCAAUACGCAUACAUCACGCACUGGCCACCAAGGCCAACGACUACACCAAGAAGCAACAUGUGUUCCGGCUGCAGACGGCCGACCAGGCCGAGUAUCUGUUCCAGACUAGCGACUCCAAGGAGCUGCAGUCGUGGGUGGAGACGAUCAAUUACGUGUGCGCCGCUAUAUCAGCGCCUCCGCUCGAGGGCGGGGUGGGCAGUCAAAAGCGAUUCCAGCGUCCGCUCCUGCCCAGCAAACAAUCCAAGCUGUUGCUGAAGGAGCAGUUGGAUUCGCACGAGGUGCAGUUGGCGCAAUUAGAUCAGGAGCUUAACGAGCACAAGAAGGGUCCAAUUCCCAGCAAGGGCUUGGCUCUGCAGAACUACAAGGAGAAGGAGAGCUACUUGCAGUAUGAACUUCGUCGCUAUCGCACCUAUGUGAGCAUCCUGAGCGCCAAGAUGCUAGCUGACCAGCAGCAGUUGGAGCUGCAGGCGCAGCAGCCGUCUCCAGCGUCGCACGAGGAAGAGGCCGACACAUUCCCAGUGGGCACCACUGCCUGCCCGCCACCCACGCCGCAAAGUAUUAACCAGAAGGAUCAGCAGAAGGAGCAGCAGCAACAGCCAACGAACAGGUACAGUCAGCAGCAACGCCCCAGCGGCAGCAGCUCCUCGUCCUCCGCCCAUGUGCAGCAGGACAUUGGCUGACGCGUAAUGGGAGUUUUCUCAGCUUGUGUGGUUUAAGCGAUCGCUCCGAUCCAUUCGUUAUAUUCUGUUCUUGUCUUUCGCUAUAUGUUUUUUUGUUCCUUUCGCUUUCGUUGUUGUUUUGUGUUGAGCUGCUUUUCCAAUAUUUCUUUACUGUUGUGUUGUUCGUUCCGCAGACCGCACAGGAUCUCGGUGUCGACCAAUUUGGCCUGGCGCAAGUUGUUCUGGGACUCAGUUUGCUGCGGUGUUCUGUUGUGUUGCUGGCAUUCCUGUUCUGUUGCCACUAUUCUUCCCUAAUCCUUUCUAUGUGUAAAUAUAUUUCGUGUGUGUUCUUUUUGUUUGGCAUUUUGCUGGCAUCUAAUUACCACAUCCCUACAUAAACAAGCUUUAAUUUUGAAUAGUUUUAACUACGAUACGUAUAACAAUAACUGAAUUCAGACUUAAGAGUUGCGCGUAGGCAAUUAAAACCACUAGGUGACGAAGACCCCUAAUGUAAUUAGUUCUUAUGUGAAAAUGGUUUUAUUUUGGAAGCAACCACAACCACACAACAUGCUGUGAAAACUCAAUGAACAAUUCGUAAUUGAUAAUUAGGAAUUUAGAAACCCAAACACUCGACCGUUUCAAACGAUUUAAAGUCAAGAUUGGAAUAGUUAACUAUAGAAAGCAGUUUUUUGUAGCACUAGUAGCAAUCCAAAGUUUUGGCGUUAAAUGUAUACAAACCGAAAAAUAUAUUUAGAAACGAAAUUAAACAAAGAAUUGUAGUAAACACAAAUGUGGUUCACUAGUAGCAAACGUUUACGUUUAAACCUAAGCUAGCGGCAUUCAAAAUAUACAUGCAAACAACAUAAUCACACCCAAAAACAAAAAAAAAAGGAUUAUACCAGUUUUACAAACCCGCACACAUCCAACAGAUAGAUAUACAAUUAAAGUAGACGGAAUCAAUUAAGCCAUCCCACACUCACUCCCACACACUUCACAAUUUGCUGGUGACCUCACCGAUGUACCAUAUAUGAAUCAUGCUAACCCGACGACAUUUGGUGACCCCGAUCCCUAGGUGAACCCAAAGCAGUUGCCGUCACUCGUUGCCCGUUGCCAUUCCGUUUUCCCGUUCAAAUGCGUUGCUACGUUCCACCCAAAUGCAAGUGAAAAGUGAAAAGCAAAACCCAAAUGGAAGAAUUCUUCAAUCUUACAGAUGGUUCGAUGUCUUCUGCUGCUGUUGCCCACUCUGGCGGCACUUGAUCCAUUCGAAAAGCCUUUAAACAACUUAGUCUCUUGCCAAGAUUUAGCCAUCAGCCAUCAGCCACAGCCACAGUACACGAAGCACCACAACUCAGAGGCUAGUGAUCCGCUCCAAGCUCCAAGAGGUGCUCCUUGUAAAUGCUCUGACCCGUACUGAUCUGAUCACCUGUCUUCUUAAAUGUGAGCAGGCCGAGGCCAAAACUCAAUGUUUAUUGCUAACUCUUCAGUGUCUAGCUUGGCUUAGUGUGAUCCUAAACGAAUUCCCACCAUCCGACACCCCGUUUUUUAUUUCCAAUCACGAUUGCUAACCUCGCUUAUCGUUCUACACUUGCAGAAAAGAGAAGAAAAAGAAAUAAUUACGUUUUAUUUCGCUCUUGAUUUCGAUCAUUUCAAAACUCGCAUACCAACCAACACACACACCUACAUCACAAUCCCCGCCUCUUGGCUAUCGGUAAGUGCCAUGCCCAGAUUGAACCUACCUGCAAAUUCGACUUAUGCGUGUAACUAUCUUUUCUCUCCCCACCACAGAAGCAGGCGAUUGAACGAAUUUGAAUAGAAUACUCCAAAAUGCCACGCUGACUGCGACGGGAACACGAAACAGAUCAGAUCCACAGAACACCUGAACCACUGAACCACUCACCCACUCGCAUACUCAGCACCACUCACGCCACGCCACCACCCAAAACCCACUUACACUCAAGCGUUGCGGCUGUGCCGUGUCUGCCACUGAAGAAAUUCGGAAUUCGUGCACUUUCAAUUACUUGAACCCCAUCCGGGUUCUUCCGCGAGGAAGAGAUCAUUUGAGACAAUUAGACUACCAACGCGAUAAUUAACGAGGGAGAAUUUUACGUUUGAAGGUCGUUCAUCAGAAGACAUCGGCAACCAAGAGGAUUAUCUCGAAUUCGAGCACUUGAUUUCAUAUGUAUAAUGCUAUUUAUCCCAAAUUGGGGGUACUCGAGAUCGGUUUCACCUGAUUUAAAGCUACACAGUUUCGAUUCAAUUCGAUUCGAAUCGUUUCGAAUUUGAAUUAUCGUUCACAUUUGCUUGGCCAAAGAUUCUGCUGGACGGCUGUUUAGGAACGAAAAUGAACGAAUGAAAACUGCUUAUACACAUAGACUUAUUAUUACAAGAGUUGAUAAACAAUACUUACAUCAUUACCUAUGCUAUCAUUAUAAAUGAUAAAAAUAAAUUAUAAAUUAAUGAACAAUAUCUCUACACAACCAGAAGAUGGUGAACAUCGGCAGUAACAAUAACGAAAUGAGAAAGAGGACAAGCGCAUUAGCAUUAGCAACCUAAGCAAUUACUACCAUACCAUGUACGACUUGUUUUUGGUCUUUUGCGAUACAUUAUCACAUUAUCUGUGUAGGUACACUUACUCCAAUAUUAUGUACGGAUUAAUAUAUUUAUUUAAACAAUUAUCGGUUGAUUACGCGACAUGUCCAUGUAGCUAGAAUAUGAAAUUAAUAUCGAUUACGGGGUAAAGAAAGAAGGAGGAAACAAUAAAAUUAAAAGCAUCAUAUAUUUUUGAAUAUAUUAUGAUUAUUGUAUUGUGUAAUUAUGUAAAUGCAGAUUAUAUAACAUUGUUUAUAAUAAUUUUUAACAAUUCUACUGAAACGGCAAUAAAUUCGAAAAUACAAACUAACUGAAAGUGAAAGCAACUUGCCUGAAACCAAGCGCCUAAAUGUAUGCAUAUUGUAUAUUUAUUUAGUCAACCAUUUUAACUGGCUUACGAGGGCAUCACUUAGUUUCUAAAGCAAUACCCUUUCGAUAACAAUUCAUUUAAGACAACUUGCUAACUUAUGGCAAGAAGGGAAACAAGAAGACGAACGUGGAGACGGUGAUUUUUAUGUGAACAUUUAUUACUUACUGAUAAGCUUUGAGUAAACUUAGGAAAGCCGUUAUACUAUGCAUAUACACGUAUAUAUAUAUGAACUAUAUAUAGUAUAUAUGAAUGCUCGUGUGAGCAACCAAACAAUUACGAUAUGAAUCAUUAAAUACUUCCAAAAGCAUUAAA